CAUGAGUGACGUCACUUAAAAAAAUGUCUGUAUGUUUGCUACUGCGCCGUGUACUGUACAACGACAACAAACCUUCCCCCAAACAUGAAUGUCGAAUAAACGCCACACUAGACGGCUAAAAUAAUAAUUUAUGUGACCAAAUAUGUUCAUUUUGACCUCAUAAGAUGUUAAGUAUGAUAAAAUUUGUGGGGAAAGUCAGUGAGCAGAGGAUACAUUUGUUAGUUGGCAGACAGUUAAAGGAAUUUUUGGGCUCCUGUGGGGUUCGUCCUUGCAGUUUCCAGGCCUCACCCUCAGGCAGAAUAAAUGCCCGGCAAGCAGCGGAUAUUUGGAGGAAACGCUUUGAGUUGAACGGUGUGACUGAGCCUGACCUCUCCAGUCAGUACAUAAUUGCCCAUGUGCUCGGGGCUAAGACUAUAGAAGGAGUUGAGCAGCAUAGGUUGUCUGCAUUUCUCACCCAAGAGGAAACACAGCAAAUAUGGAAACUCUGCAAAAAACGCCUCUCCAGGAUGCCUGUGCAGUAUGUGAUCGAAGAGUGGGACUUCAGAGAUGUGACACUCAAGAUGAGGCCUCCCGUAUUCAUCCCACGACCUGAAACUGAGGAGUUGGUAGAAUUAGUUGUUACUGAUCUGCAGAAGAAGACUGACUCACCUACGUGUUUGGAAGUGGGAUGUGGCUCUGGAGCUAUUUCUCUUAGCCUUCUGAAAAAUCUGCCACAGCUCAGAGCCGUUGCAGUGGACCAAAGUGAGGAGGCUGUGGAAUUGACAAGAGAAAAUGCAUUAAGAUUAGGGCUUCAAAACAGAUUAAAAGUCUAUCACGCAGAUGUCACAAAAGAUGCAGAGACCGUGUCGAAGCUGUGUAGCAAUGUCUCUGCAUUGGUCAGCAACCCUCCCUACCUCUUCUCAGACGAUUUGCCUUUGCUGGAACCGGAAAUUCUGAGGUUUGAGGACCACGCCGCCUUGGACGGGGGAAAAGACGGCUUGAAAGUGAUUCGCCAGAUUUUAACCCUGGCUCCCCGGAUUCUGUCAGAUGACGGCUGUGUUUACUUGGAGGUGGACCCCAGACACCCCCAGCUCAUUCGGCACUGGGUGGAGGUCAACGUGGAGUGGCUGCAUUUGGCAGAGACGCGACACGACAUCACUAGCAGGCCUAGAUUUUGCAUUCUUCGGAAAGCCAAGUCAAACGACCACGAGCUGCACCUGGGUUGAGAAAACCAGAUCCUGUUAGGGUGGCUUUAGGCCCGCUCGUCAAAACCCCUUCUCCCCCUCCGCUCCCGAGCCGCCAAACACGUUCCGGCUUUAAUCUCUCAAAAUUCUCCUAUUAUUUGCCGCAGGAAUCAUAUAAAUCGACCGCGCUGCUGCGUUUUUUAAUCCACGUACGCCCGCGUGCCACGGUAACAUUGAAAAAUGUGUGUGCGGUGGCACAAAAGCGGCUCAAAGCUGAAGGUAAUUACCAAGGCUUUUCUUAGAAGCCUCUCUCUCAGAACCGUACCCUCCUCCCUGGAAGCAUUUUGUAGUUACGUGAAUCGCCUGAUGAACGGUCCUCCCCUUUGCCUGUCCACUCGCUGACUCAGAUGCAGGCGCACACACGCGCAAUGUGGCCUUUCCUGCCUCGUGCAAUCUCGCACACACAUAAGGCCGUACGGUCUUUCUUCAUUCCUAAAGCGAUCAAAAGGCUCAAAUAUUUCCCGUACGCCGCUACGGCCAAAACAAUCCUCAUCUGGAGCCAAAUUAAAACUGUCCUCAUUGUUGGUGUAUGACUGAAUGUCGCUGAGAUUCCAAAGGGAAAAUUAACGACAUUUCGCGGAAACCAGUCGAGUAGGUUUAGUGUAAUCCAUCUCAACACAAAUAAAAGGACCACCUCUUGGGGACAAAAUGUCUCAA